UGGCAAACAAGUACCUUAAGAAAAAGUUAAAUAAUAUACUAUCUGAAGGAAUUUGUUAUUAAAUAUUCAAGAGCAUCCUUUUUCUUUACUUUCAGGGAGUUCUAUAAGGAGCUUUUCCCUUGUCUUCUGUUGUCAGUUUGACAGCCUCUGAAGAUCUUUAAUGAUAGCAGUCACAGUCUUCUGUCAGGGAGAACAUGAGCUGACAUAACAAGAGCUGUAGUUGAAGCCUGCUGCAACUGUGGAAAGAUGCACCUUUAGAAGGGGAUAGAGGGGAAAGACAAAUUAGCAUGUAAUUAAGAAGUUCAAUUUGUGGUGAGGUUGAGCUGUUGUUAAAAUGUUGCUGGAAGCACAUGACUUAAAGAUGGUGUACUAAAAGAUGGUAUUGACUGGCCCAGCACAUUUUAUAAAUGGAAAAAAAAGGACAAUAAAAGGAAAUAAACAUUAGGAGAGAGCAGGUAUUCAGGUCUCAUAGUCUGCAUGGUACUUGUGAGGAAUGUGGCAAUGUUCAUGUUAGGGGGAGCACAAGGUGUAGUUCUGGAGUCUCAGGGAAAGCAGUAGAGAGAGAUACAGCCUUAAGUAUACAAAGCUUGGGAAAAGCACUGUACUUUCUGUACAUGUUUUCCAGAUUGCUGUUGAAUUAUAGCCUGUUAAAGGCUGUUAUUGAUGGAACAAGUUUUCCCCUUCUGGUAUACCCCAGAUUUGUUUGUGGAUUCUGCUCUCUAUCUCCCCCAACGGCAUCUCAAUAUAGUCCUUAAACAUGCUAAUUAUUCUUUACAUUGACUAAUGCAGUAUUUCUGUCUAAGAGUUCUGCUUUGCUGUGUCUGUUUUUCUUUUUUUUUUUUUUUUUUUUAUGUAUCUAAAGCUGAAGCAGAAUUUUUCUGAUCUGCAACUUGAAGUAUAAAAUUUAGCACUUCAGGUUCACGUUUCUCACAGUAGCUACAUGUCUGAGGGGGUUAUGGCCAAGCAUGAAGAAGGAAGAGUAGAAAUUGGGGAUUUUUGAGAAUAAACCAAUGGAUGGGAGCGGUGUGGAUAGGCACAGCAUAAGCGAAAACACUUGAAGUUUCUAAUGACAGAGCAGCUAAUCCCCACAAGGGUGUAGGCUGUGGGUGUGUAUUGCAGAGCCAGAGGGUGGUAAAGAAGAUAAACAAUAGUACCUGGGUGAUUUCAUUUUGUGCUAAUGGAAGAUGGCUACCAAAAGUUUGUAACAUCUUUGGCAGAAGUAGGCAGCAUUUUAAAGGUGGGCUUUUAUUUAAAAAUGAUGCUAGAUGAUUUACUCUCAAGUACAUUCUUAGUAGAGUGACCCUUUGUUAGAUUAUUUUUUCCAGGGGCCAGCAGCUGGUGAAACUUAAUUGAAGAGUAACAAUUUCAAGAUGUCAGGUGGUCCAAGAGUCUCGUUCAAUGCAAUUGAUUCUGCUCUUUCUUCUUUGAAAAACUGCCAGUCUUACAUCAACUCUGGAAUGGAUGUGGCUACUCAGGUUGCCCUUGACCUUGUGGAAAGUUUCAAUGAUGAAGAAGAUGUUAACAAUAUGGAAAAAGUCAUGUUAGAAUAUGCUAAAAUGGACAGAGAACUUAAUCAUUAUAUAAAAGCAUUUGAAGAAACCAUAAAUCAGGUAAAACAAGAAAAACCGGAAAUUUUACCAGAUUUAGAAAACUUGGUGCAAGAAAAAUUCCUUGAAAUGGAGAGCAUGAACAGUGACUCAGAUUUACAAAGGAAUGAAAAAUAUAUGUAUUUUAAGGAUCAGCUUAAGGAGAUGAAAAAACAAUAUCAUGGAAAUGACACCAUUGAACAAAUCGAUGAAGAUAUAGCUGUGACUCGGAGUCAGAUGAACUUUAUUUGUCCCAUUACACAGGUGACAAUGAAGAGGCCAGUGAGGAACAAAGUCUGUGGACAUAUUUAUGAAGAAGAUGCCAUUCUAGAAAUGAUCCAGACUCAAAAGCAGAAAAAGAAAAAUGUCCGAUGCCCUAAAAUGGGCUGUAGCCAUGUUGAUGUAAAAGGAUCAGAUCUUGUACGAGAUGAAAUACUUAAAAGACUGAUUGACAGUCAGAAAAAACAAAGCUGGUCAACACUGGACACGUGAGCUGGAUAUGCUACUGCCACAAGGAAAAUUUGUUAUUAGAGGUCUUGUGAGAUAAGUUGCUAAGUCUAAAUGGGCUGUAUAACUGAUUGUUAUUUGUUAAGUGUUUCAUUUAUAGGUAAAUCAUUGUUAAAUGUUUAAUAUAUAGCCAAAGUUGAGGUUUCUGCUGUAACUGAAAGCAUUUUUUGAACUCAGGAAUAUAAGGAAUUCCAGUUAAACUUGUUUGAGUUUUUUCUACCUUCCUGAAUUUUUAAAAGCUUGCUUUUGGUAAAUAAAGUAUGUUUUGCAGCAUUUAAACUUC